CCACACUUCGGGUCACAGUCAUGACACCGAGACGCCAAGGUCCGUUUCUCGCGGGCGUUUUGCUCGUAUUAGCGUGCUCGACGCAACAGGCAAGUACAGAACCGUAUACCGAAACAUAACACUCGCAGAACUACCGUUUUGUUUGCUUUUUUUCGCGUAAAAUUUACCCGGUAAAUCUCCAAGGUUCCCGUGAACUCCGGGCCGAAAUGUAUACGCAUUCGUUUAUGCCAUCAACGUUUCGAAUGCCUAUGUAUCAGCUGUGCACCGACGGUCAUCUGCUAUAUGAUAUAUUAAUAUUCUAUUUUCGCGUGCCGUGUUACAGGGCCGCGGUAUGAGAAACAUAUUCUCCGGCUUGGGAUUCCUGCGCGCGCCCACGCCCACGCAGAUCGUAACGGCCGCGGAAACGUUCAACAAAAACGACGACCAAGAUUGCGAUUGCAGUGAGUACCUCUAUUUAAUACCCGAUACAAAAUACGUAUUGUAAUGUAUACGUUACCGGCAAUAUUGAUGUUCCGGUAUUAUUCACAAUGCCUAGUUAUUGUGAAUAAUGCUGCAAAAAACACCAGGAAAUGUGCACAAUCAUUAUAAUGGCUGAGUAUUAUGAAUAAUGCCCAAAGUAAAUUAAGCGAUACAAUUGAAGUACCUACAAACAUUAUAUAAUUAAUAUAAAAACAUGAAAUAAUACACAAAAUGGUGCGAUAUCUUAUCAUAAUCGGGAAUGAACCCCCGAUUCGUUACACAAAACUACGUCGGGUAGGUAAACAGGGAAAAGUCAAAACGAUUACACAGGUGGAACUACAGACAUUUUUUUUUUUUACUUUGCCUAGAAUAAAUUCGGUAUUUCAUAAAACGCCUAGGAAUCACGUAAAAUACCUAGGUAAUGUUUGAAAUAAUAUUGUAUAUCAUACAUUUUAUUAAUAUUGCCUAAAAUCAGUCGGUUAUACCUAUAUAUGAUGCCUAGGUAUUAUGCAGAAUACCUAAACUAUCAAUAAUGCCGGUAACAUAUACAAACUGUUUCGUUACUCGGGCUGGCUAUAAAGGCUAAAGUGGUAAUAUAGUUUGUUGGCGAGUUGAAAUCAAGUAUUGAAAAUUCGUACUUUUGUGAACGUAACUAUAAUAAUUAUUGAACUCAAUCCGCGAACGGUUUAAAUUCUGCGACGUAUUUGGCGCCGAAUAAUAUUCCGAUCGAAUGAGUUUAAAAAAAAUAUGUAAAAACUACCUACUUGCUUCGAGAUUUUUUCCAUUUCGAGUAUGUACCGAUAUAUUUGUUUCAAAUCUAUGUUAUGUAUUAUAUAUUUCAAAUGUGAUUCUAUACCUGAUUGUAUAUUGAUGUUUCGUAUAUUUGUAUCAUCCUAAUGAGUCUUUGGUACAGGGAGAAGAAAGACUCAAUGUUUUUUUGUUUUGAUCAUUUUUGUCUUGAAUAAUUUCCCCCCUUAAUUGUUGUGAUGUAAAUGACAUACACGUAUUAUACUGAAAAUUAAAAUAUCUCGAAUCACUAUGAAGCAAUUGUUCCAAUAUGUCAUUUAGCCAAUUUUCAAACUUAUUAAAUUAAUACGUUAGCGUAUUAAUUACGUUUAGAUUUUGGUUGGAUUUAAAUUAAUUUAUUGAUACACAGUCGAGAUUAAAGUGCAACACAGAAAACAUAAUAAUGGCAAUGAAUUGUGUUAGAACGAUAACAUCAAAUUCUAAAGCAAAAUAUGUAUGAUAUACCUAUCUGAAUUGAUAAUAUUUUUUUUUUUUUUUUUGAAAUUUCAUUAUUUGCAAAAAGAGACAUUCCGUCUGGAGAGGUCUGAGACGGAAGUCCCAAUAUAAAUAAUUAAUAAGGAAACACUAAAAAAAAAAAAAAAUAAUAAUAUAUCUCAGAGGAGAUACUCCUGGUACCGUAUCAAGGGAGAUACGGUACCUUGCACCACCACCUCCCCCCCACCGAUUCGAGCACUGGAUACGCGUCAUUGGAAGUUCGCUAAUUUGUUCAAAUCGAAUUUUUAAUUAAAUACUAUAAAUUAAAACUAAAAUAUAGGAGAUGGCUACUUUACAGUUUUAAUUUUUUUUCUGGCAGUCUAUAAUUGUAAAUGAUGAUAAAGUCGAAUUCGUUUUCGCAAACUUUAAAAACGUACAGACAGACACAAAAUUUACUUUUUAAUUAAAAGUUUAAAUUAUUAUUAAUUUCCCCAUAAUAUUAUACCUAUGCUGCUUUUAGUUAUAUAUAAUUGGGAAAAGCGAAUCCACAGUAGGUUAUAUUUUCGUUUUAAUUAUAAAGUUCAAUAUUUGCAAAUAGAAAUUAAGUUAAUUUAGGCCUGUACAUAAAUUACUAAUAAAGUUUCUUUUGGUAUGAACAGAAUAUUGUAUAACUUAUCACUAAUAAGUUAUAAGUUAUUAAUAUAACCCUUAGAAAGUAUAUAAACUGGCUGUAUAGUUUUAUGAAAUAAAACAAAAUUUACCGCCACUUAAUACGAACAUUUUCAUAUUUUAAAUUUAUAAUGUGUAAACCAAAUGAUUACAAUAUAAUAUGCAUUAUAUUAUUAUAGGUAACUAUAAUAGUACUAUAGAUUGCGAUGUAAUUGAUUUCGUAGAAAACGAUUUUAAUUCAAAAAAGUCAAUUUCUAUUCGAUAAACUAAUCUUUUUCUUGUAAAAUUGGGCCGGAGCAUAAACACUUCAAGACUAAAUUACGAAAACCAAAAAUAAUUUGAAGAACAAGUUAAUUUUGUACAAAAACUGCUAUAUAUGGCGUGCUACGGUAUCCAAAUCUGAAGAGUCGCCAAAUCUUCAAACCUACGAAAAAUCCAAUAUUUUCAAUCAAUAACAAUCUAUUUGAUAACGGGUACUCCUCCUCGCGUCUUCGAAUCUUAGCUACACUCCGAUCUGCAAAUAAAUACCAUCUCUAAAACCACGUCCAUCGUCUCUAAACGAUCCCGUUUGUCGAAUCAUAUAAAUCCCUUCACUAUAGAUCGUAACUAUGACAACAUCCCCGGAAACCCACCUAGACGAUUAGUUCGUCGUCGAUGUAGUAUAGACACCUCGCAAACUCUUAACAAUAAUGUCAACUAUAAUCAUUGCUGAAAAUAUCGACACUGGAUGGCUUAUUUAUUUCGGUUUUUCUUCUCGCCGUGUUAUCAAACCGCCCAUACCGUCCGUUUUGUAAACGUUAUUUACAGAUUGUGUGUUUUUUUAUAAAUAUUAUUUUAAAAAAGCAACCACAAAAUCAAUAUUCAAAGUUGUUAUAUUAUUAAGUCCGCGCGAAGGAUGACAUUGACCCGCGGCUUCUCUGCGAACGCCGCCGACCGUUUUUUUAUUUUAAUUUAUACCCACGUAUAAUCAUAGUUUUUGCCGGUAUCGUACUAUUUUUGUCCGUUUUCAAAUUUGCAUUUUGAUUCGUUUCGACCGUUUGUGUCCGUACAAACUUAUAUCGUAAUAAUCGAAAAAAAUAUUAUAAUAAUGCAGACAUCUGAACCGAAAUAUUUCCCCGGCUUUUUUCGUUUGAUGUAGUGUACGCGUCGCACGAACGCGCAGAUCACAUUAUAUUACAGAGAAGAUUUGAAAUACUAUACGCCGUCGCGGGGGGUCCGCCGAAAUGUCCGAGCAUUACGUUUGGCCGCCACCUAUAGGGGUAUAUUAUUCUUCUUAUUAUUAUUAUUAUUAUUAUUAUUUACUAUUAGUUAUUACGUUUUCAAAGUCGUGCUGGCGGCCAAACGCAUCGGCCCGUAAAUAUUCGAAAGGUAUUGCGCGUCGGACCAAAGUCAACGUCCGUAAUAAUAUCGGGGACUUCACUCGGACAUUAUACGAUUCGGUCGCGUCUCCGACAUAAUAUAUUCGCGAAAACCAUCCGACCGGUCGACCGUCGCAAAAGAAAAAAAAAUAAUCGAAAAAAAAAAAUAUAUAUAUAUAGUACCCACGCAGAAUCGUAUUUCGACCCGAAAAACCGAUCAGCUUUGACCGCGUCGUGUGAUACUUUGCGGACUCGCGCCCGGCUUUUGAUUUUUCCGAAACGAAUUACUACUACUACUACGUAGUAUUACGCGUGCGAUUCGUGUUUCCCCCCUCCCCCCCAAGCAAAGGUUUCAUAUUGGCCGAGAACGGCGCAUUACAUGUAUGUAUACGAUUCGUACCAACGCGCGUUCAAAGGAAAACAAAUAUAUGCAGGUGUAUCCAAUGCGCAGUCGGGACCGAUGCAGUGUAUGCGGUAGUACAAACGAACAAUUUUCUUUGAUCGCGUUUGUGUGCGAAUUUUCAAUACCCAGGUGACUUCCUACCGUCUCCGUCGCCAUUGCGAACCGCGGUGACCCGUAAAAAUAAUUACAAAAUAUAAAUCUAUAUAAUGUGAUACUACAGCCACUGUACGAGUGUCGGUGACGCGAACGAGAAAAAUAAUAUACAUUUAAAAUCAAAAGAAAACAUUUCUAUUUUCGAUAACGAGAAAUGCCAUCACUGUAAAGAUAUUUAUUUUUUUUGACGGUAAAAUUUUAAAUCAAAUCGGUUCUGUACGAAAAAAUAUUAUUUAAUGUCAACUAUACGUAUUAUUUUUCCCGUUUCUCGCGGGUACACGAUUAAUCGCCACCUUUUACACGCAAAAAGCUUACACUGAUACUGGAUAUAUAGAUAGGGAAUGCUGAAAUAAAAGCAGAUCUAAAAAACGGUUACAAGAAAAGACUAUGAAUAAUACCUAUACGAUCGCAGAUUACCUUUUUUUACUACCUACCUACAUCUUAUCCCGUCAUAGACAUUGGUACAAUUUGUUUGCCACAACAAUCAUUUUGAGUAGGAACCGGAGAAUACUGUUGCGAUGAUGACUCACGUCUAACGUCAGUUGAUGAUAAUAGGUAAUCUAGGUAUAUUAUACCAUACCGUUGAAAUCUAUAAAAUCAAAAUUUCAUAAAAUUGAUCUGAAAUUUGUUUUAAAUUGUAUAAUAAGUAGUUACUGUGUAGGUACCGGGUAUCUGUUUAAACACAAUAAAAGUAUAACUGCAACAAUAAUCGUAACACUUUGAGUUUCCAGCUGCACGCGCGGCUUCAUUUCACUUAUACUAUUUCCAAUGUAAGUACUGUUCUAAAGUCGCCAGUUGCUUCAUGUAGGACAUUUUACCAUUUAUCUAAUACGAGACGACUGAGUGAUUUAAGCAUUUAUUUUAAUCGUUUUCGCCUGGUAAAAAAUAUGAUUUAUAAAUUAAAAUAGUAAAUAUACCUAUAAUAUUAAUAGCAAAUUUGUUUUAUGCGUGUUUUGACAUUUACCAAAUGCAUACUGUCUAAGAUAAUAUUUCAACAUAUAAAAUAGGUACAAUUUAAUAGAAUUAUUAUUAGAAACAAACUGGCCUUUAUUAAAUGUUUACCUAAUACAAUUUGUUUUGAAUUUAUUAUUGGUUCUCUCUCGAUGCCAUUUUUCAAAUUUUUAUUACAUUUCGCAGAUUCUAAUACCUAUAUCUCAAUAUCGUACGUUGUUUUACAAUCAACAGAUAGCGGCUUUAUCAAAUCUAUUUUUCUUUUUUUAACGGGGUUUUUCUUUUAUUUGCAUGGUAACACGCAAUAUUUCAGCCAAAUAGACAUUUUGAAAACUACCUAUUUUUAACUUCUGCAGUUUCGAAUAACAGUCUUAAUUUUUUCAAGCGACUUUUUUUUUGUUUUUUUGACUAAUAACAUGUACGUAUUCCUAUCUGAAAAAUUACUGUCUCGAGUUUAUCGAAAAAAUAUGAUUUUUCUGAAUUUUCAAUAAAUAAAAACGUUAAAUGUGUAAUUUAAUAAUGAUCUUACUUACAAAUUUUUUCCCACAAAACAGCAGUCAAAUUAUUUCACUUUUAAAGUUAUGCGUUUUAAAUUUGUUGUAAAAAAAAAUCCAAUCGCAAUCGACCGGUAGAUCGCGGACAAUUUCAAUAUCGAUCUCCCUUUGUUAGAAUUCAUUUAUAUACAACUAGUAGAUAAAUCACCGAUAAUUUCCAACUUAUUACAUCGGUUUUAGUCAGUUUAUCAAGUAAUGCUGUUCAACAGAUAUUAUUAUGUGGCCAAUUUUAUUUCUGGUAUAUCAUAAUACCAUAUUGAUAUUUGUCGUAAAAAAAAAAGUGUGAUGAAAAACAUUAUUCAAACUAUAGAAUUUAAUUUUAUUAUUUGUACAUGUAUGGAUAUUAUUAAUACACAUAACCCAUUAUAAAUAAUUAAUAAUUAUACGUUUUUUUUUUUUUUUAUGGAAGUCGAUCGUCAACGGAAAAAUAUUUCUUAAUAGAUCUCGGCCAAAAAAAAAUGCCACCACUGCUAUAAAUCUAUACCACGAACAAAUUAUAUUUCAAUACCCUAGCAUUUUUAUCAUUAGCACAGAUUUGUUCGAUACAAAUAAUACCGAUAUCGCAUAUCGGUCAAUAUUGUAACUAUCGGAAUAUCGGUAUUAUUUGUGUUUUCGGUGUUUUUUACAAUGCCGAUAUUUGACCCGGUAGAAAAAUGUCUCUCGAAUUUGAGCAAAGCGUUAACAAAUCGGUAUGUCAAAAAUACAGGUCUUCAGAAAAAAAUCAUCGGAUGUCCACUAAUAAUAACAAAACAAUUUUAGGUACCUGUUUUGUUAUUAUUAUAAAAUCAUAAACCAUCUGCAGAAUAUAACUGUAAUUAUGUAAAUGCUUUUUUUUUUCGAUUGACUUCGUGCACGGAUGAAACUUCUAUUCGUGCGCGUAGGCUAGAACUACGAAUUAAAAAAAAUAUAUAUAUACACACGAUAUUCAAUUAUAAUAUCAUAUCCGAGUACGAUUGACCUUAAAUAAAAACUAUAUUGUGUUUGGUUGAAAAUACCUAUAUUAAAAACAAUUACCCACAAUACGCAGUUCUUUUCAAAAGCCGUGGUUGCGGAUUUAAAAUGAACUAUACAGAGUGAUUAUUUGAAUAUUAUUUAUAAUAUACGACGAUUUCCAACGUAAUUAAUUUAAUUUUGGUUUUUUUUUUUUUUUAUCAACGUUGUUUUCCAAAAAUAUACCCUUAUACCCGUAAACACGGCCAAAUUUAAUACACGAUAUUGAUAACAACCUCCGAUAUUGAUAUUCUCUUCGAGAUCAAAUUUAAAAUCGUAUUGUUCUAAUUCGGUAUAUCCGACCGCAACCGCGACAGUGUAACGCAUAUCAAAAUUGCUUUUAGACAGAUAUUCUUUUUGCGAACCGGAGUGAAACAGAAUCGAACGCACUCGACAUUUCCGUGUAGUAAUCGCUACGGGUUCGUCAUAAAAGAAUCACUCUGUAUUAUAAUAAACACGUCGUAUGUAUUAUAUUAUUGUUUUAAGACUCCGUGUUUUGUGUGAAUAAAAAAAACAGGUUGUGGAUCUCCGAAUGUCGACACGAAAAUCGUGGGCGGCGACCCGUCGGGCGUGCACGAAUACCCCUGGAUGGUCCGCCUGUCGUAUUUCAAUCAGUUCUACUGUGGCGGUUCGCUGAUCAACGACAGAUACGUGCUGACGGCCGCACAUUGUGUCAAAGGGUAAUGUCAAUCAAACUAUUCAGACUCAAUAAUGAAUUUCGGAUUUUUCAAACUAAAAAAAAAAACAAUGAUCAAUGCAUACAUUUACAUGUCCGCUAUUAUAUAUGAAUACGAGCAAUACUAUGUUCAUAGCAUCUAAUCGUGCUAUAUUUAUUUUUUUCCAAAAUAAACAUAAGGUAAACCACAACGGUUGUGCCACCGUUCCAAUGAAUGCCAUUGGCGUACUGUAUUAUAAUGGAACAAUAGUUUUAAGAGUUGACACGACUUAAACAUUUAAGGAAUGAUAACACAAAUCGAACAUUCUCAACGUUUAUCUAAAGAUUUAUUAAGAUAAUAACCUUUCAUUUAAGAUUAAAUAUAGGACUGUAGUUUUAUAUUGAUAAUUGUAAUUAAUUUUAGAAUGUUCUAAAUUGCUUAAACUGGAUGUCUUUACCCCAAAAAGUGAUUUUACAUUCCGGAAGUCCGAUAUUUCGAUGCCACGAAUGCAGUGAUACUCAAAAAAAGUUUGGAAAACAUUGGACUAGUGUGUUAUUACUACACUAUAAACAUAGUUUAGGCAUCACUGCAUGAAUGUCAAAAAUAAUUUGAAAAAAGGAUAUUAUUAAAUAAGAUUAAUUCGAAGAGACAUAAUCCUCUAAAAUCGUUUUAAAAUUAUAUUUUUCAGUGGUGCAACUAGGGGUGGGUAUAACCCCCUCUUCCUCCGAAAUUUCAGAUUUGUUUAUAAAUUCUACUUGCAUAAGUUAUUUUUAUUGUAAUUACAGACAUUUCUAUGUAAUUUUGAAAUGUUUAAUACAUACUUAAUUUAUUAUUAUAAUUAAUCUAUAUCACCUCCUUCCUCCUUCCUGAAAAUGAAUCCUAGUCGCGCCACUACUAACUUAAAAAAAGUUAUCCGUUUUUCCGUAAACGUGUUUUCAUCAUGCAAUAUUUUCACCUUUAUUUUAUUGGUUCCGGGAGAAAAGUAUUAAAUUCAAUUUUUAAUUUUUUUGUUUUAUAUAACUUGUAAUUUGUUCCCCUUUAUUGUUCGGUUAAAAUAGAAAUUUUCUAACACGUGUUUUACUGAAAAUUAAAUUAAUAUUUUAAAUCACUAUGACGUAUGCUUUUUGUCUGAUUGAAAAACACGUCAUAUAAUAUUUAUACGCCAUUCAGAACGCCAUAUUAAUGUCAUUUAACAGUUUAUCAAAAUUUAAUUUGCUUGCAUUGAAAACUAUGAAAAAUUGACUGAGGACCUUCUUCCCCAGGACCAAUGAUUUAUACCUAUCCGCACGACCAUACGUAAAUACGCAAACAAUUGCGGUUAAAAUAUAACAUAAUAUUAUACUAUAUUAUUAUGUUAUCUUUGCAAUACUGAAUGAAAUUAUUAUUUGCUUAUUAUGUAUUUAUAUCUAAUAGUUAUGUUGUUUGUAUUUAUGCCCUGUACACACACAUGCGUCGGCUCUCGUACAAACACGUUGUACGAUACAUAGAUUCUUUUGGCCGUUGGUCAAAAUCACCUUUGGCGAACACGAUUAUUGCAACGCCACCAGGAAACCCGAAACCCGCUUCGUCCUGAGGACCAUCUUGGGCGAGUUCAGCUAUCUCAACUUCCAAAACGAUUUAGCUCUACUCCGACUCAACGACCGCGUACCGAUGACCGCGACCAUACGGCCCAUCUGCUUGCCCACCGACCCGAGUACGUUAUCUAUACAUAAUUUGUAAUAUUAUUAUUAUUAUUAUUGUUUGUACAUCGGUAAAUGUAUCCAUUUACGGGCGUCUCGUCGUACAACAAUAACAAUGAUUAAUGAUUAUUAUUAUACGUCCAGACCAAGUCAGUAGCGCAGUGGAAAACAAAUUUCGUGAGAGAGAGGAGAGAAUUUCGUGAGAGAAUUCUACAGUUCUCAAAUUGACUAAAAAAAAAAAAAUUAAUUUUCCAUAAUAUUUAAAUUAAUAAGACGAUCGGAAAAUCAUAAUAUUAUAUUUUAUUGGUGCAGUAAACCGCAAUGGAUUACUUAGUUUUUUCCAAAGAAUAACACUAUAUGUAACUAUUUUGUAUGCACUUAAAAAAAGUAAUUGUUUGAAAUAUUUGGGAACGGAGGUUGAAGGGCUAUAGCCCCUCGGCCUACCCCUUGGCUAGGCAUUAUUUUUUUGAACUAAAAAAUAAGCGAAAAUAAACUUUGAGUUAAUAUUUUAAUAAUUCUAUGGAAUAUGUUACAAAUUUCCAUAGCACUCUGCUAUAGAUUUAAUAUUAAAUCAAAAAAAAUAAAAGUCGUUUUUGAAAAGGUAGAUUUUUUUUUUAUUAUUAUUUGUACCAACACUAGCUGUAUUGUUAAUUUUUGACAAAACUCGGGGAAAAUGUCGUGGGUAUUCCGAAUUUUAUCGAAGAACUAAUGGUGAGUUCGAAUUUUGACGAAAAUCAUAAAUAUCACAGCAUUUCCAAACAAGUUUGACCGAACUUCGCUCAGAAUCGUAUUUCACCAGCGACGAUUUAUCGUUGCGUACAAAUAAAAUUUAAAUAAUUGUAUGUGUCUUACUUUCCCGACACCCAGCCUAUUUUUAUUUGCAGAUAAAUUUAAUACAUUUGACGGUGAUAAUAUAAAUAACGAUAAUCACGUAAUAAAAUACCUACUCCGAAUUAUCGUUGGAAGUCUAAAUUUCCAAGUUUGGGUGGGUAUCACCAGCCCCUCGUCUCCGGCCCUGAUCAACAACUAAAACGACAAACUCAUCAUUAAUCCGUUUGAUUCCCGUACAGUGUUUACCAAUACAAAAGUAACAAUGCCAUUUCCACUUUCCGGUGUUCAAUUUAAACGUUAAAAGUAAAUAAUAUUACGUUGAAAGUUUAUGAACAGACGGAUACGAACGGUUGUUUUAAUUAUAAAAUUCAAUUUUAUCCGCAGUCGUACGGUGUAAUCGCGUCGAUAAAUAUACUUUUUGAUGUAAAUGACGGACGGAAAAAGGUUUUUUUGAAUUCACAUCGAGCUAUCUAUACAUAUAAGUACUUAUAUAUGUAUACAUCGUUUUCAUUAGACAAUUUAAUUAAAUCCCGUUUGAUUUGUCAGGACCACGUCAAUUUUUUUUCCCCGUGCGCCCGUGACAUCAGAACGUAAUUAUGACGUACGUUUUUUAUUCAAGUUUCACGUUCCGACGGAUAUUAAUACGUUUUGUACAUGAAUAUAACGGUGGUAGCGGUGGCGGCAGUUUCCUGACGAUAGUUUAUGCUACGAUUAUAAUUAUUUUUGACGUAUGUUAUGUACACAAGCGUGUACCUAUAUUGCUGUGUGUUAAUAACAGUACCUACGAGUGUAGCACCUAUAUGCUGUAGAGUAUAUUGGUGCUUACAAUGGUACGUUGGUUUAACAUCGAUAUUGAUGAAAAAAUAACCGCGCUCUAACGAUCAUGAGAUGAACAAAACAAACAUAUAUAUAUAUAUAUAUAUAUGUAUAUAUAUAUAUAUAUAGAGAGAGAGAGAGAGCCACAAUAAGAGGCGUGAUAUCUGCAGCAGUCAUAAAUAUAAUAGGACAUAGAAAUGCAAUGGUGUAAACGGGGGGAGGGGGGGGAUCAGACCAGGUUGCACACUUGAGACUCUUGAAAAUAUCAAUAGGGUCGCAAUAAUAUAGUUUUGUUACUCCAACAAAAUCCUGUUGUAAUCAAUUUACUUCCGACUUACUUCCUUUUCUAUCCUGAGGCCGAAAAUACAAAUCGCGGCACGAACAAAUACUACCUAUGCCGUGUGUCAAUGAAUACAAUUUUCCCUCUUGGUAUUGUGGCGGCCGAGCUUCAAAUUUCCCUGCUCGUAAAUUCGGUCAUCUAGUCGUUUUUUAGACCUGUAAUGAAUGGGUAUACACUUGUGUACCGUUCGCCAAAUAAUAUUAAGCGUACUAUUAUUAAGCUCCGUAGUUAGUUCUAGGGCAGUAAGUAACAACAUCCGAACAAUUAUUUGUAUAUUAUUUCGAAAUAUUUGAGUUUUUAAUACGAGUCUUUUCGAUCCCCAGCAAAAGUACCGCGAAUCCGAAACGUUUCGUAACACGUGUGUUUACGUACAUGUUUCGACAUAUUAUCGUACGUAUUUUUAAAAUACACACGGAUUAUACAAUAAGCGAAAAAACAGUAUCAGACAUGUUGGGUAUAUUACACAGAAACUAAACAGAAUAAAAAAAAAAAAGUGACAGUAACCGAUCGCGAUACACGACAACUUUGCUUGUAUCGGCUUACACGCGGCAUUUUCGUUUAGUGCCCAUUGAUGGGAAUCGUCACCGACAACGUAACAGUUGAGAAACACAAGGCGGUUCAAUAACAAAUUAAUUUCCCCCCCCCCCGAAACGAAUACGCAGUGUCGCUUGCUGGCCACUGCCUUUUAGCUCGGGCAGACAGCGCGCGUGAGCACGCGAUGUGCUGUUGUUUACUGGUCGACGCCCGUGAUAAAUCGGUACGUGUAAUACCGCGGCGCCCGUACGUCGUGUGAGCAGGUACGACCCGCAGUCCGCGCGCACUACUUUCGCGGGUACAUGCCCGCCCGAUUUAUCAUGUUAUCCGACCGCGUGUCGCGGUUAAGCGCACGCUUCACGAAUAAUAAUAAUAAUAACAAUAAUAACAAUAAUGGUAAGUCGACGCGGACACGUGUUUAACCCGACGGGCUAUGGCAUUCGGUUCCGCGGUGGGAAAUACACGCCUGCGAGCGUUCCGCCUAGAAACGCGUACAAGGCGAUCGGUCCUCCGUAACACGACGGGAAAGUAAAUCGGUUUUUCUCGCGGCAUUUUCUAUCCGGGAAACGUUGAAUGCAACGACAGCUCUGAAACGUCGCACAACCGUCAUAUUCCGUUCGCCUCCCCCCCCCCUAUCGUAUAUAUAUAUAUGUAUAUAUACGGGGGGGGUGGGAGGGGCCGAAACCGCUGCCGCCUUUCGAUUCUCGAACAACGGUAAUCGGUCUCGCGAAAGGCCCGGCACUUUGACGGCGAACGGGCGCGAGGCGAAAAAACGAGAAAAAAUGAGUAUCGCGAUAUCAAGUUUCGGUAAACCGUCGCGGUUCACGGAUCUAACCGGCGGCCAUUCGUUUCGUACCGCAGUUUUCGUCCUGAACGUCGCUUGUUCUCGAUUCACGCCUAACCGGAAUGUUUGUUUAUUAUAAUUGUUCAAAGGGCGCCGGAGUAAACGUCGCACGCGGGACCGCGGUUUCUCGCGAUCGGGCCCCGGGUGUCUUACGGCGGACAGACCAUCCCGGGUACGGGAUUCGCUUAGCCAUCGCCGGUAUCCGCGUCACUACAUUGCGAGUAGGCGUACGGAGUCGAAGCGCCGGCACGAACGCGACUGCCGGACGGUAGGCAAUCGAUUAAUUUGGACGGCGCGCCGCCGUGGAUAACAAUGACGGCAAUAAUUAUGAUGAUCAUCGCGUUUGUGUUUUGCGUUCGUCGUGGGUCGAAACUCCUCCUACGGCCAUACAGGUGUAAUUAUAUAUAAUCGUAUGUUAUGACGGUCGCGUCCACACAAUAUAAACGUACGGGAGGGGCGAUUCGUUUUUUUAUUUUUGUUAUUUUUUUUUUUUUCCUACUAUGAAUAUAUUCAUUUCGAUUAUUUUUUCCGUUAUUUCUCGAUUGUGUAGCCCCGGCACGGCUGUCGAUUGACAGGCCAACGUGUAUUUGCCGCGACGCCCGCUAAUUUCUGAACACGUGGCGAGGCGUAUGCCGGUUUUGCUGCACGGUGUGCGGCUGUUUCGUCCGUCUAGCAAACGACUCGGCCACCCGGAAAUCUCGCGCCGACUUUUCCGAAUACGAAUUUGUGCGCGCCUAUGCGCUGCGAGAUUUUCCCGUCAGUUUUUCCGAAAAUCGUGCAGAUAGAACGUAGACAAACCGAGAACACUUACGGCCAUAACAGUUUGGAUUGCAUUCGAUUUCCUUUUGGUUUGUUGGGAUUCGGUUAAAAAUAACCGUAGCGACUUGAAAAUUGUACAGAAUACUGAUAAUAGCUUGUACCUAGACGCGAAUACGGGUUACAAUUUUCCAAACGUUAUUGUGAUUGCUGUGUUAUUUUUAGACAUUCGAAAUCGUCCAGUUUUUUCCUGUGUUUUAUUUGGUUUGAUUGGGAUAGAAUUGUUUUGAUCGAACAGAAAUCCUUGACAAAUUGUACACAAGUAAGCUCGUGCGAGCUAUUCUUAAAGGUCGAAACACAAGAGUCGAGCGUAAUGUAUAGCAAUUUUUUUUUUUUUUUUUUCAUAAGCGUUUUAAGUUGAAAUUUCGACGAAAAUCGUGAAUAUUAUACGGCCCGCGAGUUUUCGGCUCCUCUAUGCUCUACACAUCUAAAUGUUCACUAAACACUACACACCGCAGCCACGGUGAAACCUGCGGCGGAUCGCGCGGUGAAAUAACGCGACGGCAAAUAGGUAUCGUCGCAAGGCCAAUAUUACCACCGCGUUGUGGCGAAUUCGAAAAUAUCAAAACACACGGGUAUUGAUUUUUAGAAGAACGGAAACCACCGUCACCGCGCCACUGGGACGGUGUGUGUGCGUCGAAUACCCCGCCACCGCCACCGUCACCGCCCGACGGUGUGUGAAAACCACGAUAUUUUAUGCUCUCUAAACCCGAAAACGUAAAACAAAAUAUUAACGAUCGAAGAAACCGAGACUAUCAUCUACUGUUAUAUUACCGUUGCUAUUACUGCUAUUGAAAAUUCCAUGGAAAUAAUAUGGGACGUUAGUUGGUAUAAAAUGUCGGUAUUGAUAUGUUUAAUAUAAUAGGUUGCCAUUUGAGAAUAAAGAAUAGGUAGUGGUUUUACCCCCCCCCCCUAAAAAAAAAAAUAAAAAAAUUAGGGUGGCGAAAAAUGACACGAAUGUAAAAUUGUAGAGCUACUCGUUUCUUGAAUAUUCUAUGAAACAAAAAGUUAACGCUUUCCGAGACAAUGCACAUUAUAUUAUUUUAUUUUUAUUAAUGUGGCGCUACUAUUUUUUUUUGUGUUACAUUCUGGUUCACCGUGGCCCCGUAGCCUUUUAGGGUGUGUGGGACAUUUGAAACGUUGCCAUAAACCAUAGCAUACCACUGCAUACACGCAUUUAAUACUCGUUGUGAGUGGUGGUGGGGGGAAAACGAUUAGGUCCGGGGGGGGGAGGCAGUGCCUCCGGUGGAUACGGGAUUGUUUCGCUAACCGUUUUCACGCUUGUAAUAUUAACGGGCUCCGGCCGUUGAAAAUAUGCACUAAACAAAUAAAUUAUGUCGCACGCAUACGAUCCGCAGACGACUCGUACGAGAACGGCGUGGCCAAAGCGGCCGGCUGGGGUACGCUGUACGAGAACGGCCAGGCCUCGUGUCACCUGAGGCACGUGGACGUGCCGAUCGUCAGCAACGAGGACUGCACCAAGACCAACUACACGGGCGGCCUUAUUACGGAGAACAUGAUUUGCGCGGGACACGAGAAGGGCGGCAAGGACUCCUGUCAGGGCGACAGCGGCGGACCGCUCAUGAGGCAGAUGGCCAACAAUCGGUUCGAAAUCAUCGGUAUACGAAUGUUAUUAUGCGAUUUUUCGACAAUUAAUAUCGUUUACAUAAUAUCUUUGAACAGAAUUGAUGAUGAUGAUAAUAAUAAUAAUAAUAAAAAAAAAAAAAACACGUUGAAAAAUAAAACCUCCCGUGAACAGCGUGAACUCCGUCACUAGUGACGGUUUCCAAUGUUUUCCCUUGUUACCAAGCGGGCAACCCGAUAAAUCAACAACAACGAAAAUAGGCAUCGGAUGUAAACUGCUGAAAACGUCUAUGAAUGUAUCAAAUAAAUUACUGCCGCGAGCGGAAUUCCGCAAAUUUUAAGAUGCUGCGUGAAAAAUCCCAAAAUUUCAGCGGGAGUUAUAAUCCUCAACCUCUCUAGUUGUGCCACCGCGAUAGGUGCCCACCUAACUUCUAUACGGUACAGUCGAAAUCUAAAAACACUAUCUCUACACAGGCGCCUGCUUACCUGUGUAUAGUAAAUAACACUCCGCGUCGUGUUUUAAAAAAAUAAGAGAGUUCAAACCCUUAGAAUUUUCUCAAAAGUGUUCUUUAUUUUCAACAUAAUUAAAUACCAAUAUAAUAUUUGUAACAAAAAUAAUGGAUGAUUUGAUUUAAAACCCCUCCCGGAAAUUUAAUCGAGCUUUGGAUAGGUGCCCAUUUUGCGUAAAUAUAAUUAUUGGUGCCCGCCAAUAAGUGUUCGUGUAAUAUUUGAUUGAUGUAAACGCGAACAGAAAUAUAUGAUUAUUGGCACGUUUAUUUUGUUUAUUACAGGAAUCGUGAGUUGGGGACACGGAUGCGCACGUCCAGGGUAUCCAGGGGUGUACACUAGAGUGGCCAAAUAUGUACCGUGGAUCAAAGAGAAUACCAAAGAAGGAUGCUACUGUUCCCAAUAACUCGUGCACGUACACGGCAGAUAUACGAGCCGUCCGAUUAAUAAUUAAUGCAAGAACGUUUAGUAAGACCGAUAGCGCAAACCGGUAAACAACGUCUAUUGGUUAACGGGCGACGGUCGGCGUUAUAACAAAAACUUAACGUUAUACCGUAGGAAUGGCCUUUAAUUUAUUUAAUUUAUUAUUAUUUAGUCGAGUAGGUAUGUUUACGAUAAAUUGAAGAUACCAUGUUAAGUCGUAGAUUAUUAAUGUUAUUUUUUGCGUACCCCAUAAGGUGAAAUAAUUGUAUUAUAUAAUAUCCAAAGACACCGAGAGAAACAAAUUACUAUUUAUUUGUUUCAUUUCGUACCUGUAAAUAUGUAUCAAAUACAAUAUACCCGA